AUGUAUGAGUUUCUCAAUUCCUCUCCCUCUCCGCAGCCUCUCUCUCCGCACUUGACACUCAAGCAAUCAUCCUCAUGCAUCACGAUCAACUCCUACACGUUUCAGACCGACGGCAAUGACCAUGCCCAUGACCCUGCCACGACCUCCUCACCGGCCGCAGGCACUCCGUCGCGCGCCGCACAACUCCUCCGACUCGGAUUGAGUUCUCCUAUUGCUGCUCCAAGUAUUAAUCCGUCUUCGCCUUCUAGCAACGCCCGCACCCGAGGCCAGUUCAAGCCACAGCGCACCAACAAAGGCACAACGAGCUAUCAGCUGCGACAGUUCGCCGAGGCCACACUUGGAAGCGGGAGUUUGAGGAAGGCGGUCAAACUGCCCGAGGGCGAGGAUUUGAAUGAAUGGCUUGCAGUCAAUGUGGUCGACUUCUACAACCAGAUCAACCUGCUUUAUGGCUCCAUCACAGAAUUCUGCUCGCCACAAUCAUGUCCCGAGAUGAAGGCAACUGAUGAAUUUGAGUAUCUGUGGCAGGACGCCGCAACAGGAUACCCCAAGCCCACCAAGAUGCCUGCGCCAGAGUACAUCGAGCACUUGAUGACCUGGGUACAGUCGAACAUCGACAACGAGUCGACUUUCCCCUCCCGCAUCGGCGUCCCGUUCCCCAAACACUUCCCUUCCACCGUGCGCCAGCUCUUCAAACGCCUGUACCGCGUCUACGCCCACAUCUACUGCCACCACUACCAAGUCAUUGUCCAUCUGGGCCUCGAGCCUCACCUCAACACCAGCUUCAAGCACUACGUCCUGUUCAUCGACGAGCACGGCCUGGAGAAAGGCGGCGGCAAAGAUUAUUGGGGCCCGCUUGGGGAUUUGGUCGACAGCAUGCUGAAGAGUGAUUAA